UGCACAACAAACCACCAAACCUUUUUCAGCACGUGAUGGACGUCCUCCGAUUCGGCCCUCCACCGACGCAGUCGUUUCCCGGCGGCGCCAGGCUAUUCAACGCAGCCGUAAAAUUUUCCGACGACGGCGCGGGGCGGCGCCGCCGCGCGUCUAUCAUUCGCGCGGUGGCAGCUCCUUCGAAGAAGAAGGAGGAUCCGCCGUUAAUCACACUUCCCUCCACUGCUCUGCCGCACGACCCAAACGGACUGAUUCUCGAUCUCUCCCAAAAAUCCGCCGCCGCAGACGGCGGCGACGGCGACGGCGAUAUGACUCCGACGGAUUAUCUGAAGGCGAUCCUGCUGUCUAAAGUUUACAAUUUGGCGGUUCGGACGCCAUUAGAGAAAGCUGAGAAGCUUUCAACAAAAGGGGGGUAUAAUUUGUACCUCAAGAGAGAAGACAAUCAGCCCGUGUUUUCAUUCAAGCUUCGAGGGGCUUACAAUAUGAUGGCGAAUCUCGAAGAAUCUCAGAUUGAAAAUGGCGUAGUUACUGCGUCAGCAGGGAAUCACGCACAAGGCGUGGCUUUGUCUGCAUUCAAUUUGAAACGGAAAGCCUGGAUUUUUAUGCCUAUCACUACACCACAAAUUAAGAUUGACGCUGUUAUUAGUUUCGGAGGAGAGUAUGUGCAAGUAAAACGUACUGGGAAUUCGUUUGACGAAGCACAAGAUGCAGCCUUAAAAUUCGCCGACGAAGAACACAAAACUUACAUUCCGCCUUACGAUGACCCCGCCGUUAUCGCCGGCCAGGGGACCGUCGGGAUGGAAAUUAUGCAGCAAAUGAAGGACCCGAUCGAUGCAAUUUUCGUCCCGAUUGGCGGCGGCGGCCUUGUCUCAGGCAUUGCCACGUACGUAAAGUCGCUCGCGCCGGAAAUAAAGGUCAUAGGAGUCGAGCCUUUCGACUCCAACGCCAUGGCCGUGUCUCUCGAGUAUGACGAGCGAGUGAAGCUCGACACCGUCGGGACUUUCGCCGACGGUGUCGCCGUCAAACAGGUCGGGAAAGAGAAUUUCCGGCUGUGCCGGGAAUUGCUAGACGGCGUCGUUCUUGUCACCCGCGACGCGAUUGCCGGAGCCAUAAAGGACAUGUUCGAAGAGACGAGGACCAUUUUGGAGCCAUCGGGAGCUCUGUCCAUCGCCGGGGCGGAUGCGUAUUGCCGAGCGCAUAAACUCAAGGGCGUAAACGUUGUCGCUAUUUGCAGCGGCGCAAACAUGAAUUUCGACACCCUCCGGCUCGUGGCCGAGAUGGCGAACAUCGGGACAGGACAGGAACAUAAACUCAUGACUUCUCUCCCGGAGGAACGAGGAAGCCUCAACAAAUUUGUAGACAUUUUGGGUGAUGUGAAGAUCAGUGAAAUUAACUACAGAUACAAUGCAGGCUUAGACGCAUUAGUAAUCUACAGUUUGGAUGAUAUGUCAGAAGAAAAGCUUUCUGAGGUUGUUGACAAAUUGUCGAAAUCUAAUUUGCCAACAGUUUUGCUCGACAAUAAUCAAUUUGCCAAAGACCAUUUGGGCCAUAUGGUCGGCGGGCGGGCGGCGGUUAAAGACGAACAAAUUUUCCAGUUCGUUAUACCCGACCGGAGCGGCACUCUAUCUAAAUUGCUCGGCGCAUUCCCGGCGCAAUCGAACAUAAGCUGGUUGCAAUACCGGUCGAAGGGAGACUUCCAAGGGUCCGUAAGCGUCGGCGUCGAAGCCAACGAGGCCGAGAAGGGGAAGCUUUACGAGAAUGUAAAGAACAUCGGGUUCCCGGUUAAAAUCGAGACAGACAAUGUUGCUGUCAAGUUUAUGAAUGCAACUGGCCACGCUGCAUCCAAGGUUGUAAAGGAAUCCGGAAAUUCUGCCUCCGAUGUUAUAAAGGAGUCAGGAAAAACUGCUACCAAAAUUGUAAAGGGCGCGGCUGCUUUGCUUCCGAAAUCUUGAUGUCGAUGAAGACGGGAAACUUCUGGUAGACAAGGCUAGGCCUUGUCCGAGACAAUAAUCGAAUGUCACCCGUUGUUACAAUGCGGUGACCACCGAGUAAUAAUGACGCACUGUCGAAAUCUUUUAUAUGUUCUUUGAAAAUAGCGCAAAACAUUGUUUCGCGCAUUUACCAUGUUGUAAUGCUUAUGUGUUACUAUGAUGGUGUAGUGUAAUGAAUAAUUCAUCAAUAGUAGCGAUGAAAUUUACAUAUGUUCGUAAUUGUUAAGGUCAA